AUGGAAUUAGCUGAUCUCACAACCAGUACAAAAAUACCUAAUGAUUUCAAAGCGAUGUUUGUGGACUAUUAUACUAAAAAUAAACAAAUAAGAAAUUGGAUAAACAUAACUGCUGUAUAUGAAAUUUGGUAUCGAUAUAUACAACUAAAGUGGAGAAGUUCAAUUCUGGGCCCUAUAUUGGAGUCAGUAAUUAAAUAUAGG